AUGAUUUUUCUGUGUCAAAGUUCGCAUAACAGUCAAGUCUGUAUAGCUCUGAAAAUUAUGACCAAUGUGUUGGUAAACUCGCAUUUAAGAGCCUUCAGUUUUUAUGACCAUUUAGCAUCCGACCUCUACCCCGACCAGAGUACCCUCCCAAUAAAAGACAAAUACUCCUUUGGGUUCACGUACAGAAGAUUUUUCAGCUACCUGAACAGUGACUUAAACCUAUUCGACAAGCUCCUUUUCUUGCUUAAGCACUGCAGGAACAAGAAUAUCGAAAUGAGUUCUGUGCACUGCUUGGCUAGCUAUACCUUCCCCAACAAUGUUUGCGCUUUGAGGGAGGACGUGGUGUUUGAUUACUGGGGGGAAGGGGACUCCCCCGUGCUCAGAUUCUUUCACGACUACGAGGCGUUUUCCUACCUGGACUUUUUCAGCGACAGCGCCUUUCUCUUCGAAGGAUGUAACGUCUAUUUUUAUGACACGCGCAAGAAGGGGGCACCUAAAGUACGUGCUGAAGAUAACGCCGACGAAUACGCGGAUAAAUCUGCUAAGGAAUACGCGGACGAAUCUGCUAAGGAAUAUACGGACAAAUCUGCUAAAGAAUACGCGCAGGGGGGUAGCGCCCCGGGUGAAGUCAAACUGGGCGGCGAGGAGACGGGACACCCGCGGAACCACUCAGCGCAGUGGGGCGCCACCGACUGGUCCAAGGUGGCCAAGAAGUUACAAAAGGGACACAUAACAGGGAAAGGGGGAGACAAAUCAGAAAGGGAAAACCUCAAAAAUUGGACAAAACGGGAAAACCACAAAAAACAGCCAAACCGGGAAGAACAGCCAAACGUGAUGAUAACAGAUGUUCCCAUAGAGGAAGAGAUCAUCGCCCACCUCGAACCCCUCACCAGCUUCGGGGACGACCUACAAGAGAUACAAAAGAUUAAUGUUAAAAUGAUACACCUGGAAGGCUUUCACGGAUACGUACAUGAGGAUGUCCUCACCAACAUAAGCACCAUUCUAGAAAACAAUUUCAUCGUAGUCCAAGUGGAAAACAGUUGUGUAUGCCUUUUAAUAGGUCUCUUGUCCAGAUACAGACAGCAAGUGAACCUACUCAAAUGUAGAGACCUGAUAACCAACUUAGAAAAAUUAUACGAAUCGAAAAUAAUAGGAAGCGAUUUGCACAGGGAGAGGGAACAUCGAGGAAUAAACCAAGCGGAUCAUGUCGAAACAAACUUCACAUAUAACUUAAUAACGCUGAUAAGGUAUGUUAUCAUAUACAAUUACGAUAAGGACCUAUUGGAAAAAUUUAAAGUCCUUCCCUUUUUGCUAUUCUAUAGAAGUCUUCCUUUUAUUCGAAAUGGUGGAGACAGAAGGGGGGCCUUCUUUUUGGGAAGCGAAGUUUUGAAGGUAUUUAGACUGCUACUCUUUUGCAACCUGUACAUAGAACCCGUUGACUAUUUUCAUGACCUGAUUAAUCAUCUGAACAGAGGGGACAUCCAUGAUCAUCAUGGCGUCUACAAAAGGUUUCUCGCACAAGUGUAUUUGUAUUUAGCCACGUACAACAUUGUGGGGAGGACUGUCGACUUGUCAGGAUUCCUCUACACGAAUAAAAUUAUAAACACGCUGCAGAUUCAGGUGAGAACUUAUUUUCGCCACGAGCCGAUGAAGGGGAUACCCGAUGUGCCAAUCGAUGAGAUGCCAACCGCUGACGUUCGAACCGCUCACAUUGCAGACGCUGACUUUCCAGUCAAAAGAGUCCACAGGCAAAAGAACAAAUGGGACUUCGCCCACUUGUGCAACCUGCAGCUAAUUCACGAGUGUGGAGUUUACCUUUUUUCUGUUUUCUGGUCCAUGAGGAGGAAGCGCCUGAUUAGAGAAAAGUAUGUUGCCCAAGAUCAGGUAGAGGCACUGCUGAAAACGCUAGAGGUGCUGCUUCGAGCGGUUAUGGAUCAGUUUAACGACUUGUUAGAAGCUUACGCGGGGGAGAAGCAGAAGGAGCCGCCGAAUCAGCCUCGGAGGGACGCUGGCUACCCGAACAUCAUCCAGAAGAUAAUUCGCCGCAUGACGGACGGCCCCCUCCCUUUCAACUACGUGAUUUACAAAAACGAAAUCGAGUGGCAUUUCUUCUUCGUCAUUCUUCUCCAAAUAUUAAAUAUCAUUUUGCUCAUCGUCGUGGAGCUCCCAUUUUUUCCUACCGACAAAGGGGAGCACACAACAGUGAAGUCUUUCAAACGCAUUGCUCAAGAUAUUAGUGAGUUUGAAGAGGACACACUGAUUCACUUCAAGAAGGACAUUUUUUACAUGGAACAUGUGCAGGAAGACUCGUAUAGCCUCUUUUUACCGCUGUCGUACCUUUUUUACAACGUUCACGCCGUUAUGAGAGGAACACACCUCAUGUGUAAUCAAACCGAUCAGUCCGAUGAAGAUGCCGUGGAGAGGCUACUAUACUCUCUGAGCUUCUGUUCAUCCGUUCCGUUAAGCUACUUUUGUUUGGGGGCAAUUUUCUCCACGCCCUCUUCUGCAGGGAGUAUUAGCCCAAGGGGAGAAACAAACGGGGGCAUUUCUUCCUCACAAAAUUGUCAUCACCUGGGGGACGCUACCUCUGAAGAAAUGGACACCUCCCGCGAAAGAUCGAAUGAGCGUAACGAGAGAAUAAUCGAGGAAACCCCUCCAACCAGUGGCGACCACGUGGACAUCCCGAAGAACAUCAUACUUUUCCUACGUAAGUACGUCCAAGGAAAGUUUCUCCUUUACCACAGCAAGAAGAAUAUAUUCCUGCUUCUACUUAAGAAUAUAUUUAGGGAGUGUAAUCGGAGAUGCGUGGAACAAGAACGUGUGGAAGUUCCCCACGAGGGGGAAGCCACCGAGAAAGAAGACGCAGUAGUCCAUCCCGUCCUCAAAUUUUUACUGAACAAACACGUCAUUCAUUUUAUCGGAAAGCAGAUGGACAUAUCCAUUUUUUUUAAAUACUUUAUUCAACUUUUUAUCAUCAAUGAGGGAAAAUGCAUUGGAGACUCCCUGGGUGAGAAGAGGCAGGUUUAUGCACAACUGGUGCGCAUAGCGGAGGAAUACAUUUUUAAGCGAGUGGCCUGUGCAGACAGCGAGGGGGAGAAGCAUCCCAUCCCUGUACAGGAUGUAUCCCGCCUUGUUAGUGAUUUCGGGAGGCACGAUUCUCAUAAUGAGGGGGACUGCCAAAAUGGUAACUGCGAAGAUGCCAUCCGGGUGGAUGGUCCGGGCGCGCACCCGCUGCACAUACACGUGGACCGCUUGCUACAAACAAACCGAAGAAGCAUAAAAGCCUGCGCUCGGCAAAAAGAAAUACAGAUUAGUGCCCAGCUGUCUGUGGCUAUAUUUGAAAAAAUCAUUGAAUCUUUUAAAAUGGCCUAUUUCUUCAGCCCCCUGAUGUUCGCAAUUUUAUUUUUCCUUUCGUCCACGUCAUUCCCAGAGGAAUGUCGGAAUGUCUUUUACAGCGACACAGAUUUGUUGAAAAUUUUGUCAAAAAAUGUAUUCAUUCGUUUUUCUGAUGAUGGAAUGGAUUACAUCGUUUUUACGACGUCUACAUGUUAUGGGACGGAAGAAACAAAUUUUUUAAUUGACCUGACGCCACUUUUCCCAUCCAUUUUUUCCCUCCUGUUGGACGACUCAAAUGCGGACUGGUUUCCUUCCAGCAUGCAGAACUACUUCAGAGCUGUACGCUCGCAGUAUCCCUACCCUAGUCUGUUGCACUUCCUCUUUUACGUUAGUGCAAACGGGAAGUGA